UCUGACGUAUCUUUUGCUCGAUGCCAGGAUUUUUUAUCACAGCUGGCUGACGAGGUCGAAACACCAUGACGGAUAAUCAUACAGAUCCAAUGUCACGUUUAUUGAAACUUGCAAACAAAGUCAAUUGCUUUUAUCUAUCGGGGUUCCAUGCAGGUGAAUGUAGAGCCUUUGUCGUCGAUGGACAGCAAGUUGGACUUGUACGACCAGAUGUGAUGAAAGAGUUAUUAAAUCAUCCACAAGUAUUUCAAGUUGAUCCUGAAUAUGUACAACUAAAUCCUGCAUUCCGAGACUAUGCGGAAAGAAGUGCUCGUGUGGAAGAAGUACUACGAAAAUGGAAGGCGGAUGAAAAGUUUAUAACAUUACAUGGUUGGAGGGAAGAAUAUUAUGAAGUCCGUGCUCAAUUUAAUACGCAACCUUUAUUUAAAAUGGAUCGAUCUGCAACAUGUUUAUUUGGAAUUCGUAAAUACGGCGUUGAUAUAAAUGGAUAUGUUAUGGAUCCUAUAAAAGGUUUGUCAAUAUGGUUACAAAAGCGUAGUCCUAAUAAGCAAACAUGGCCCGGAUAUUGGGACAAUAUGGUCAGUGGUGGAUUAAGUGUUGGUUUUGGUAUUAAUGAAACUGCUAUAAAAGAAGCUGGAGAAGAAGCCAGUAUCCCUAAUAAUCUUAUUGAGAAAUUAAAAAGUGUUGGAUGUGUUUCAUUAUUCUUUGAAAGUGAAAGAGGAUUGUUUCCCAAUACAGAAUUUGUUUUUGAUCUUGAAUUGCCGCCAGAUUUUAUUCCAAGUAAUAGUGAUGGAGAAGUAGAAACUUUCGAAUUGCUUCCAGUAAAUGAAUGUUUAGAAAGGAUAGCUUCUACAAAUUUUAAAACUACAUCAGUACCAGUUGUACUUGACUUUUUGAUUAGACAUGGAUACAUUACUGCAGAGAAUGAGCCUAACUUCAUACAAAUUAUGGAACUCCUUCAUGUUCCACUGCAAACCAUGUACAAUCACCCUUUAAAAAAAUGUAAAAUUACUGCCAAUGGAGAAGCAACUGAGACUCUAGAAAAAAAAAGAGUUUAGGUUUAAUUAGAUAAUUACUUUCUGCAUGAUUUGACUAGUUGCUGAGGCAACUUAAGUUUUCGGUUUAAUUUGGAUUGGCUUUUAGUUUGAAUGCAUAAUUAUGUUAUUCUUUUAAACAAUCAGAAAUAUCUAUUUACCAAUUGUAUUUAUUUCAUAUUUUAAAUUUGUACCUUUGUCUUCACGAAAAAAAUUCAAUUCUGUUUUUCAAAAGUUAAAUGUUAAUGUGUAUUCUUUUAGGUUGAAUAUUGACUUGAAAGAUGUUUUUAAAUUAAUGAAAAUGUUAGAAAAUUAAAUUUGAUGACUAGCAAUACAAUUUUUAUAAAAUAUGUUAACAAACAAUGGUUUCCUUUGUUCUAAUUAGAAUUUCAUAUAUGUAGAAUUUUGCUAUUUUAAAUGUUUUUAUUUUCAUAGAAACCAUUAAAAUUAAAAUAUGUAAAAUAUUAAUUUGUUCAAUAAUUAAGAUCGCCCACAAAUUAACGUAUUUUAUUAACUUUUUAUCAUAUUUAUAACAUUAUAUUUUAAUAUAAAUUUGAUUAAUUUUAAUACAAUCAUAAAAUUGAUAUCCUUUUAUUGAAACCAAAGUGUUAUCAAUGCAGCAUUCCAAUGAACAAAUUUACUAUUAACAAAUUUAAGUAUUAAGUAAUUAACAUUUCAAUCCUUUUUCAAAUUUAAACUGACAUUUUCCGUUUCCAAAAAAUAAGUCCAUGUAUAAUGCUAUUGCAGAACAUCCUAAUACUUCAUAUAGAAUUAAGAUGAAAUCCAUUCACAGUAUUAUGAAAGUGAAUGUAUGAUAUAGCAUUUUUAUAUGUCAGAACUUCAAAGGCAGUUCAUGUGCAAAUAUGUGUUCUAUACCUGGACUUUACUAUUAAUAAAGAAUGAUAGAUUUAGCAUUUUCAUCUCACUUUUUUCAGAAAGGGAACAAAAAUAUUUGUAUUAUUUACCAUAUAGAUAGUCUAGAUAGAUUUUUAAUUGAACACCAAGUACUGCUGAAAUUCUGAUCGAAUUUAUAUUAGCGAAGAAUAAUUGACUGUACAAAUGAGAUGCACAAUUCUAUAGUAUAUUAUUUUCUUAUAUUAAUUAAAGCUAAAAAUGAUUUGUUUACAAGAAAGUAUAUCAUUGUCAAGCAAAGAAUUAUGAUCUGGAAUAUAUUAGAUUAUAAAUUUUUAUACCUUCAUUGCGCACAGUUUUUUUUCAAAGAUCUGCUCUAAUAUAAUUUUUAAUAGCAUUUACAAAUUUAAUACAGUCUCGAAACAUUGUGAUUAAGAUUAAUUGUUGUAAUAAAGCAUUUAUACAUGUAAUAA